AUGAACGACGAUGGGGGAUCCAACCCGGUGGACCCUGACAGCCUCUGCGCGCAGUCGCUGCAGGUGGUAAUGGCGGACUGUGCGGAAUGCUGGCGCUGCAACAAACCACUUUCUGGCAAUGUACGCCUCGAUGCCCUGCCCGAGGCCCUGCCAGGGACCGCGGCGGGCCCUCCCGUGGUGGUGGCGGCCGCGGCGGUCGCCUCGCUCGCGGCGGCGCUGGCGGGGGCGGUGGCGUGGCGCGGCCGGCGCGCUGCGCCUGCAGUGGCGCGCAGCGCGUUGGUGGCGGAGGGGCAGGAGGACGCGCCGAUGGUGGAGGGCGGCAGCGGGGCAGCGUCGGCCCCCUGA